AUGUCGGGGACGUUGCCGCUCUCGACACGAUCAAGCCACCCCCGUGCUGGGAUUCGUCUCGGGGCCGGUCUGGCACUGCCGCCGCUGGUCGUCGGCGUGGCGUGCGGCCUGCGUGUCCGCACGAGCCCGUGGACCACCUUCUUUCUGCUCGGCCUUUGCGUCGGUGGUGUCGCUGGUUUCUAUGUGUACACGAUUAUCAAGCUCUUCCUCCUCGAGCUCCUCCUAGUCGGCGCAGUCGGUGGCGGCGUGCUGGGGCUGUACCUGCGUGCAAAGAUCAUACCGGCGGCGACUGCGCUCCUCGGAGCCUUCUUCUUCACGCUCGGCUUCACCUACCUCGCCCUAGUCCCGGCCGACUCGCGCUACGCGCGCUGGCUCACGCCGGAACGCGCCCAGUUUGACCAGUUUACGAUCGUGCCACUCCUCGUGGCCGCGCUGCUUGUCGCCUCGCGAGAGCUGCUCCGCAAGAUGUGGGCAAAGGCUUCGCCGGCCAUCAGCAGCGCGUACGGCAAGGUCUGCGGCAAGGUCUGCGGGCAGAAGAAGGAGGAGGGGGUGCUGUCCAAGAUUGGCAGCCGCGUGAUGGGCAAGGAGAAGAGUCGAUUGCAAAAGCUGCAAGAAUGGUGGUCGCCGCCCAAGCCGUGGUGGCAGCUGUGA